AUGUUUAUUCUCUUACCAUUAGUGCAUUUGUUACCCAAUGUGUUAGGAUGUGUCAGCACAAUUCCUAUCACGGAUCCAGUCAUCACCACUACGACGAUUUCACCAGGUUGCUGUCCGGAGCUUACACAAACCCUAACAAGUUCCGAAUUUCCUGACGGAACAAUGACAUUCAGUUACAACAAUGAUGCUUCUUGUCGAAUGUCAGUUACUGUAACAUGCAGUUCCUCUGAUCCCUCGUUUGGUCUUUAUGCAGCUAUCGUUGCAAAUCAAGUCAAUUACUUGGAUUAUGGUCCGACAUCUGUGUCAUUCAAUGGAGUUUGUAAUGCUCAGGAUAUGUCGUGGUACAUGGGAGAUCCAGCCCUUCGAGUAGAAACGUUAGAAUGCAUUUUAACGAAUCCACCAUAA